GCGCGGUUGGUGGAGGAGGGCGGAGGGGGCGGGGCGGCGCGGCUCCAGGGCGCCGCAGACGGACCCGAGCCGCCGCCGCUGCCGCAGCUCGCGCCGGAGCCGCCGCCGCCCCCCGCGCCCAGCAUGGUAAUGGCCGAGCCCCGGCGGCCCCCCCCGCUGCUGCCCCGCGGGCCCGGGCCCGUCCGCGUCGGCUUCUACGACAUCGAGGGCACGCUGGGCAAGGGCAACUUCGCCGUGGUCAAGCUGGCGCGGCACCGCAUCACGCGCAGCGAGGUGGCAAUAAAAAUCAUUGACAAAUCUCAGCUGGAUGCUGUGAAUCUGGAGAAGAUCUAUCGAGAAGUGCAGAUAAUGAAAAUGCUUGAUCACCCACACAUUAUAAAGCUCUACCAGGUGAUGGAGACCAAAAGCAUGUUGUACCUUGUGACAGAAUUUGCCAAAAACGGAGAAAUUUUCGAUUACCUCGCCAGCCAUGGCCGUCUAAGUGAGUCUGAGGCCAGGCGCAAGUUCUGGCAGAUCCUCUCAGCAGUGGAGUAUUGCCAUGGCCGAAAGAUUGUGCACCGUGACCUGAAGGCUGAAAAUCUUCUGCUUGACAACAAUAUGAACAUCAAAAUAGCAGAUUUUGGCUUUGGAAAUUUCUAUAAAAGCGGUGAGCCUCUGACGACAUGGUGUGGAAGCCCACCUUAUGCAGCCCCAGAAGUCUUCGAAGGGCAGCAAUAUGAGGGACCCCAGCUGGAUAUCUGGAGCAUGGGUGUAGUUCUUUAUGUUUUGGUCUGUGGAGCAUUACCUUUUGAUGGACCAACACUCCCCAUACUGAGGCAACGUGUUCUGGAAGGAAGAUUCAGGAUCCCUUAUUUUAUGUCAGAAGAGUGUGAACACCUGAUUAGAAGAAUGUUGGUCCUAGACCCAUCCAAAAGGUUAACUAUUGCUCAGAUUAAGGAGCACAAGUGGAUGCUUAUAGAAGUUCCUGCACAGAGACCCAUUCUUUAUCCACCAGGACAGGAGAAUGAGCCUUCCAUUGGAGAGUAUAACGAGCAAGUUUUGCGGCUAAUGCACAGCCUUGGAAUAGACCAACAGAAAACUAUUGAGUCUCUACAGAACAAGAGUUAUAACCACUUUGCUGCGAUCUAUUAUUUGUUGGUGGAGAGGCUCAAAUCCCAUCGGAGUAGCUUCCCUGUGGAGCAAAGACUUGAUGCGCGUCAGCGUCGGCCAAGCACCAUUGCUGAGCAGACAGUAGCCAAGGCACAAGCUGUGGUGCCCUCAGUGAACUUGCGUUCACAGAAUGCAAGGCUGCUGCGGUCUCCAGGCCUGCCCCCAGCUUCAGGUACAGAAGCCUUUUCAUUCCCUCCAUCCAGCUGCCAGGCAGAGACAGCAUUUAUGGAAGAAGAAAGAGUUGAGACACCAAAGGUAAAUGGCUGCCUGCUCGAUCCUGUACCUCCUGUGGUGAUUAGGAAAGGAUGCCAGUCACUGCCUACCAGCAUGAUGGAGACUUCUAUCGAUGAAGGAAUAGAGACAGAAGGCGAGUCAGAAGAUGACCCUGCACAGGCAUUUGCAGCCCUCCAAGCAACUCGCUGUGGGAAGAGACGUCACACUCUGGCAGAAGUUACCAACCAGCUGGUGAUGGUGCCAGGCACAGGAAAAGUCUACUCAUUGGAUGAAAACUCAUCUCUGGGCAGCAUUGAUUCAGAGUAUGAGAUGGGAUCCCUUCAGAGAGAUAUUAACUUCCUGGAAGACACCCCUUCCUUGAAAGAAAUGGUGCUAACCAAUCAACCAGCACCCAGAAUGACACCACCUUUCAUAGGCCUGAGACCUGCCAAUCCAGCCAUGCAGGCCCUCACCUCCCAAAAACGAGAGACCCACAACCGUUCUCCUGUCAGUUUCCGAGAGGGGCGUAGAGCUUCUGACACAUCCCUCACGCAAGGAAUUGUAGCAUUUAGACAGCACCUUCAGAAUCUGGCACGAACCAAAGGAAUCCUGGAGCUGAACAAAGUCCAGCUGCUCUAUGAACAGAUGGGAUCAGAAGAAGAGCCUAGCUUGACAUCAACUGCCACCCAGUUGCAGGACCUCGUUAAUAGCCCCCCUCAGGAAGAAGCAUCUCAGCAGCAGGAUGCUACAUCUGCAUUCCCUAAUGGAGCACAUCCCCCAUUGUUAUCCAGACGGCAGAGCUUAGAAACACAGUACUUGCAACACAGGCUCCAGAAACCCACCCUGCUAUCAAAAGUUCAGAAUACUUGCCAGCUGUACUGCAAAGAACUACCCCGGAGUCUGGAACAGCAGUUACAGGAGCACAGGCUGCAUCAGAAGCGACUCUUUCUCCAGAAGCAGUCCCAGCUGCAAGCCUAUUUUAACCAGAUGCAAAUAGCCGAGAGCUCGUACCCAAGGUCAAGUCAACUGCCGCUGUCAUGCCAGGAGGAGCAGCAGCAACAGCAGCAGCAGCAAUCAACGCAGUUCAGCUUGCAACAGCCUCUAAGCCCUGUGAUGGAGCCUUCCUCAGAACAAAUGCAAUACGACCCCUUCCUCAGUCAUUACCAGAAGGUACAGCUGGAGCCACUACCACCCUCCCAGAUCACCAGCUCAUCACGGUUGUCAUCACCAAUUCAGGUGCAGCAGCCACCACAGUCCUUACAAUAUUCCUAUCAGACUUGUGAAUUGCCUGUUGUCACCUCUUCUGAGCCAGACUACCCAAACCAGUGCCAGUAUUCCAUGGACCCAGCACAACAGAGCAGUGUAGCAUUGCCUGACAGCCAGAGCAGCUCAGCAUCUCAUGAGUCUCAGUCAAACUAUGAUGCAUUAACCCUCUCAGAAUUGCCUGGACUCUUUGACUGUGAAAUGAUGGAGACUGUAGAUCCCCAGCACAGUGGCUAUGUCCUGGUGAAUUAAAACCGCAGGGUGGCUAACAUGAGAGUGGAAGACAAGACAAACGAAGGAGGAGCAUGUGAAUUUUUGUUUUUGUUCCAACCCUAACAUUCACGGUAAUUUUCCAACCCUUGAAUUUAACAGGGGAUCUAAAAAUCCACCUGACUGGCAAAAGCAGGGGAUGGCUUAAAGUGUUUGGCCACUAGCUCAUCUUGCUGGCAGCAGGGGCUGGAGAACAGAUAGUGCAGUUUGGUUCAACAAAGAACCAGUUUCCAUGGAAGGAGACAAGAAAAAAAGGAAAAAAAAAGAAAGAAAAAAGUGAAUCUUAAAGGAAGGAAGUGACCCCUUCCAAAAAAAAAAAAAAAAAAAAAAAAGGAUAGUUUGGCAACAUUCAUCCAGUACUAGGAGAAAGGAGAAUGAGUGCAUAUUGCAUUGUACUUUUUGGCAAUAAAAGCAAUAGUUUUCAUUGAAAUUCAGACUAGAUCUGGGUCUGUGCUGAUGGCAAAUGUAGAACUCUUGAAACAGUAGAGUCAGGUGGAUUUAAAGGAAAGUUGCACUUGGGCAUCAAAUUGCUGAUUGUAAGCUACUGAUCUUGAACUACUCCAUAGUAAGUCUCAGAGAUCACCAGGCAUCUCGAGCAGCCUCCAGUUCCUCGUGUUAGCAAUUAAACAGUAUUUCUCAAGCCUGCCAAGGAACUCUUCAUCAUCCACUAAGAGAAGCUUCUGGAUCUUUGCAAAGCGACACACUGACCUAGCCAAAAGAUACCUGGAACUGAUGCAGGAUGCCAUAGUGGUUUGUAGAGACCUCUGGGUGGGGCUCAGAAUACUAAAAGGUAAAGGAUUAGCUAACAGAGAGACAGAGGGUAAGACGUACCAUGAGAAGAUCAAGAACUGCAGCCAAUGACAUCAAAAAAGUCGGUCUUUGGCAUUUGAAAUCAACCCUUUUUGCAGGCAGCCGUUUGUGGAGGGCUCUAUCUUGGAGAAGCUCUGAUCGCUGGAGAGGAUCCAUCUGUCCUUUUGUUGCUUUAAGAAAAAAAAAAUGUGUUUUGAAUUUACAGUAUGCGUUGCUGGUGGUUUAUUGAGCUUUGUAUAUUUGGACAAUUAUUUAGGGUUUUAGAACUUAAGGAUAAAAACAAUGAGCUUAAAAAAAACCCCUGUGAAGUGAUAGUGCUGUGCCUUUUUCAGUUCCUUAUCAGAUUAUAUGCUUUUUUCUGAGGAAAGUAGAUCGUACCCCAUUUAUAUCCUUGCUACAGCCAAAGUCCCUUCAGACCACACAUUCCACCAUGUGGAAUGUAACGUUUAACUUUCUUAGUACCUUGAUUGCUCAUGUACAUAUAGUGUUGAAAGUAUUACAGCAAUAUUUAGCAUCAAGAACUGUUUGAUGUAUUAACCAUUUCAACAAAUACUAAACUCAGCAAGCACUUGUGUCUCUAGACCUUUCAGUCAUGAAAUGCUAGACAUAGGAGGAUUGUUUAGGAACCCACAGAAAGUUUAGGUGUCUGCAAUUUGGGUUUUGUCUCCAGGCUUUAAAUAUUGUGAGGCAAGGUCUGCCUUCCUGAAAACGAGGCCCACAGCUGGAAUGUUCAGCCCUUUUUUUAAGCAAACAUCAAGCACAAUGCAGAUUCACUAAAGCACAAAGAAUGAUGGAGAAAUGGCGCUGAUCUCACAUAUAGGAAACACCACUGUUGGCUGGAGAAUUUCUCUGGUAUCAAUGAACUAAGGUUUUUGACACUACGAGUAAAGAGGCUGUAACCACCAAACUUGCAGAAUUUGGGUAUUCAGGGGCACCUUGUCAUUUUACGUUGAUACGCAAACAUCUUAGCAUUAUACAUACUACAGCAAAGCACUAGGUUGAACAGGCAGCAAAAGGGGGGGGGGUGGGAGGGGAGAAGUAUUUCCAAUAGGUUUGUUCUUCCCUGUGUGUCAAAUCACAGAAUCCUACCAAGCUAGGAAAAAAAAAAAGAGAAAGUGUGCUCAAAGCUGUUCUCUUUUCCUUCACCACAAAGGUGAAUAAUCAGCCAGCAUUUACAGCAAUAACGCCGCAUUUAAAUGCGGAACAGUAGAAGCUUAGUCACUGCAUUGUAGACUGCUUGAAGGAGGGAAGGAUUUAACAACCAACAGAAGAUACCUUAUUUCCUGUAUACUGAAAUUAGAGAGUAAUUAGGAGAGGUAAUUCCUGUCAGUACAUACCCAAGCUCUGAUAUUGGUCCAGUUGUGCAGCUGGAUUCAGUUCAUGAGGGCUCAGCUUCUACCUCUGAUAACACAGUGAUUCUCACAGCCUCAAUAAAGGGAAGCUUAAAGAAGAGGGAUCACAUCCAUGUGCUUUUUGUUGGAUGCAAGACCCAGGCAGCUAGAAAACUUUAAACAACUGAGAUGAUAGACAAGUUUGAUUUUGGAGGGAAUUAACUCAAUAAAACCCUCUUAUGAAGAAGUAAAUAACUAUGGAACACAGAAACCCAUAUGACCCCCCCAUAAGUGACUAAUAAAGAGAAGGGAAACAGCUGAAAAGCACAACAAAAGAACAACAGCCAGGCAUUUCACUACUGCAGAAGAGAAAAGGAGGCAACACAAAGUCCUGUCCUUUCAGUCCAUCUUCCCUGCCCCUCAGCAUAAUAAAAGUAACACUUUUUUUGGACAUGUGAGAUCAGACCUAGUGCACAAGGAAAAGUGCUAAUGAGACACAUACAUAUGUAACACCUAAGGCGACAGGCCCAGUUCUGCAGUGGGAGCUGGGUUACUGCUGUAACCACAGCCGUUUCCCUCCCUGUCCAACGCUAUGCUACCGUACAUUUCAGGACUCAAAAAUAAUUCUGCUCUGAACAGAGCUGCAUGAUUCAUUUGCCAGUAUGUGCCAACUAGUGUAAGCUGAUUUAAGCUUUGCAGUGCUGGUAAGAGGGAAGUUAGAGAGUUUUGGACUGUAGUUUAGACCAUUCCCUUCAACCAACCACCUAUUUAACAUUUCAUGUAAUUUCCUUUAAGCCAACUAGAAUAAAAGACUUCUAGUGCCACAGCAGAGUAUCCCUUGGGCACCUCUUUGUAUUCAUGCUACUUUGAAGUGGCUCUUCUGUUCAAGUCUGUUAUGUCUAACAUUAGAGGACUGCGUAUACUACUGCUAGAGUAAUUAUUAGCUUUAUUAUCUUGUAUUACAGGAUCCUUUGAAGAGACUUUGGUGUGAUGUAUAUGGGGUAAAAAUUUCAUAUGGAGAAAAGUGCAAUAUAUGUGUGUGUAUGUGUGUGUGUGCGUGCGCGUGUGUGUGUGCGUGGUACGUUAAUGUAUUUUUUUAAGAAGUUAGAAGGUUUAGUCUGCUUUGGGAUAAAUGCACUAGUUUUGUGAGCUCCAGUUUGGCAAGUUCAUCUGUAGUCUUUACAUGCAACCGAUAAUGCUGGACUCUGUAAAGCAAUUACAGUGUAUCACUACAAAAUAAAGAAUAUCUACAUUUCAUUUUUAAA